UCCACUCAGAGUCUCAGUGUAGCUCUCUAGGCUCUAGCAAUGCGGCAACAGUGAGAGCUGCCUCCAAUUUGGCAAAAAAGAUCCACAACGGUAAAGUGCUAGUAAACGCUAGCAAGAAAGGAAGCGAUUCUAGCGAAGCGAAUUUAAGAAGGUUUUUUUCCUCCGUAAAUUAAUUAUCAAAACACAGAGAUUCAGCUGCGGCUUCGAUCGAGAGGGGCAAUGGAGGUGGAACUGAAGGAGAUGCUUAACGACCUCGAAUCUCUGAAGAGAUUGCUAACUGAUCCUUCUCAUCAUGCUCCAAUCGAUCAGCUACAAUUGCGUGUGGAACGCCUUACUAGUCUUGCAAGUUCUGGACCUGUUCGACGUUUGAAAGUGAAGGAUAUGAGUGCCGAGGUGGUAGAUAGCAAUCCCUACAGUAGGCUUAUGGCACUUCAGAGGAUGGGUAUUGUGGAAAACUAUGAAAGAAUACGGGACUUCUCAGUUGCCAUUGUUGGAGUAGGCGGUGUAGGAAGUGUAGCAGCUGAAAUGCUAACAAGAUGUGGUAUUGGUCGCCUUUUGUUGUAUGAUUAUGACAAAGUAGAGUUAGCUAACAUGAAUAGGUUAUUCUUUCGACCAGAGCAGAGCGGUAUGACAAAAACAGAUGCUGCUGUACAGACCCUUUCAGACAUAAAUCCUGAUGUUGUGCUUGAGAGCUAUACACUGAACAUCACAACAGUGCAAGGUUUUGAUACCUUUAUGUCCAGUUUAAAAGAUAAAUCAUUCCGCCCAAAUAAAGAAGGCAGUGGAGUGGACCUUGUGUUAAGCUGUGUUGAUAAUUAUGAAGCAAGAAUGGCUGUUAAUCAGGCUUGCAAUGAACUGAAUCAGACAUGGAUGGAGUCUGGUGUGUCUGAGGAUGCUGUUUCAGGCCAUAUUCAGUUGCUGAUUCCUGGUGAAACUGCCUGUUUUGCAUGUGCACCACCUUUGGUUGUAGCAUCUGGAGUGGAUGAACGUACACUUAAGCGGGAAGGGGUUUGUGCUGCAUCUUUACCUACUACUAUGGGAGUUGUAGCUGGGCUUCUAGUCCAAAAUACACUAAAAUACUUGCUGAACUUCGGAAACGUCUCCCCAUACUUGGGAUAUAAUUCUCUUAAAGACUUCUUCCCAACCAUGGAAAUGAAGCCAAACCCUCAGUGUUCAAAUUUUGCUUGUCUAGAACGGCAGAAAGAAUUCUUGCUUGUAAAGCCAGCUAGGGAUGCUGCACUUAAAGCAAAGAUGGAAGCUGAAGCAUCAUCAUCAGUUACAGAAUGUCCACUUCAUCUUGAUAAUGAAUGGGAAAUAAGUGUCGUUGAUGAUAGCGAGCCAGAUAGGAUAGAGGCCAAAAGUGCAGAUGCUCUACCAGAAGGUCUUGUUCGCGAGCUUCCCAAUGCAGAUGAGUUCCAAAAAUCGCCUACUGAAGCCGCAGAUGCUACUAUUGAUGACCUAGAAGAUCUCCGGAAGCAACUCGAGGCCCUUAAUUCUUAAAUUAUCAUAUAUUUUUUUUAUUUGUAGCCCUCUUCGAAAUUGAUGUGUAGCUUCAUUGUUUCUAACUUUAUAGUCGCACCCUGAAGUGAGGGUGUACAUGAGGUGGAUAAUACUAAUCUCCAUACAUGCAAGACAGUUUUCUGAGUGUUACAGUAUCUGGGAUUUUUGGUUUAAUUCUCAAAUUUAUACACCUUGCAAUUUAAA